CAUUAUCAAAAAUCUACAGUCAAUAAUAGUUACUUAAACGAUGCCUUGAUUGACAUUGAAAAUAUGGGUGUUGCAAUUAAAAUUGAAGGUAGAAAUGCAACAGAAUGUGUAAAAACUGGACAAGAGAUGUGUUACGAAGCACAAAAAAAUUAUGAAAGUACAAUUGAAUUAUGUUACAGUGUUCAACGUGAAUAUUUAAAUGCUAACUUGUUACUAAAAUAUCAUAAGGGUGUAAAUUUGGAAGAGUUAUUAAAUCAAGCUGCAAGUAAAUGUUCAAUCAAUAAUUUUAAAAUUUUUAAAAGUGGUCAAAGUGCAACUUGUACAUUCGGUGAAUUAUAUUAUAUAUCACCUGAAGUUAGAAAAUAUUUGAGAGAUGUCAAAACUGUAAUAAAUAGUAAAAAAGAAAUUAUAAAACAAACGACAAAUAAUUUGAACAUGUGUUACAAAAAAGCCUGGCUGAUGUUCUUGAAAUUUUUGGAUAAUUCAGCUAGAAAUUUUACUGAAGAGUGCAUUGCUCAUCAAACUGGUGAGAGGCCUAUGAAAAUCAAACUUAAUUGAAUAAAAAAAAACA